AUGGAUGUGACCGCAUUUAAAGUGCCCAACAUUCCGCCCACCAUCUACUACAUUCCAAACUUUAUAACUGGGGACGAGGAGGAGUAUCUGCUCAAGCAAGUAAAUGGGGCGCCCAAGCCGAAAUGGACCUGCUUGUCGGGGCGCCGGCUGCAGGACUACGGCGGGGUGCCCCACGAGAAGGGCAUGAUCCCGGAAAAGAUGCCCGGCUGGUUGCAGCAGUACGUGGACAAAGUGGCCCACUUGAACGUGCUGGAGGGCAAACGCCCCAACCAUGUGCUGGUAAACGAGUAUCUGGCCGGUCAGGGGAUCAUGCCCCAUACUGACGGCCCCCUGUUUCACCCGACGGUGACCACCAUUAGUUGCGGCUCGCACACCGUGCUGGAGUUCGCAGAAAACACCGAGCAGCGGUCGAAAAGUUGCAAGAUCCUGCUGGAGCGACGCAGUUUGGUGGUUGUCAAGGACGCCCUGUACUCAGACUAUUUACAUUCCAUUCGAGAGGCUGAUUGGGACGAAGUCAGUGACUGCGCCAACCUGGGCAACUGUAGCGCCAAAUACCCGCUUCGUGAGCCGCUCACGAGGAGCACCAGGGUGUCCCUAACAAUUCGACAUGUACCGAAGGUUCUGCGAAUAAAACUCUGUUAGUU